CCAAAAAAGGGCGUCUACUGCUCGGUACAGUCAAAAAUUACGGUGAAGGCAUACAAAGGAGAAAUUAGCCAUGGUCGCAAGUCCUGGGGGCCUUGUACAGCAUGCAAAUACAUGGAAGGACUAACAACGGACCACGACGACAGAAUCAGAUGGAAUUCGUGAUCUAAAUGAAAUUUUUAUUGGGUGUUUGUUUUUCUUUUCACCUUCUGUAGUGGGCUACUGCUCAGAGUCCUUGGCCGUAAGAGGAGAAUACAGUAGAUUUUCUCUAACAUUUCCCACAAAGAUUUGACUCCUGAAACAUGGGCUUUUUAUUCUACUCGAGGGCAAUUUUUGGCUUUUUCAUUUGGUGCUCAAUUCUGUCAUUGUUCGGCUUUGGAGCUAAUGCGGUGCUUUCACAAAAACGGGCAACCAGUCCUCAGUCGGACUUCACAACACGCGUCUCAAAAGACGAUGGACCUCAGACUUUUCCCGAACCAGAAGGUCCAAGUCUACCUGUAUUCACCCUGAACUACCCUCGCAUUCAGAUUCCCUUCGAGAUAACUUUAUGGGUGUUACUUGCGUCAUUUGCAAAAAUAGGUUUCCACGUGUAUCACAAGAUCACCAUUUGGGUACCAGAGACCUGUUUGCUCAUCACCAUUGGGCUCAUAGUGGGCGCCAUCAUGCACUCCGUGCAUGAACGGCCCCCGGCGGUCCUCACCUCCAGCGUCUUCUUCCUCUACAUGCUGCCCCCCAUCGUCCUGGACUCCGCCUACUUCAUGCCCACCAGUCCCUUCUUCGAGAACCUGGGCACGGUCAUGUGGUUCUCCGUCGUGGGCACGCUGUGGAACUCCAUCGGCGUGGGUGUCUCUCUCUUCGGUGUCUGCCAGAUCCCGGCGCUGGGCGCGCAGGACAUCAGCCUGCAGGAGAACCUCCUCUUCGCCUCCAUCGUCUCUGCGGUGGACCCCGUGGCUGCCCUCGCCGUGUUCGAGGAUGUCAACGUCAACGAGCAGCUGUACAUCGUGGUGUUCGGCGAGUCCUUGUUCAACGAUGCAGUCACUGUGGUGCUGUAUAAUCUUUUCAACCAUGUGGCGGAGCUGCCGGUGGUGGACGCCCCGGACGUGUUCCUGGCCGUGGUCCGUUUCUUCGUGGUGGGCCUGGGCGGGAUACUGCUUGGCGUCCUGUUCGGCUUCGUGGCAGCUUUCACCACGCGCUUCACGAGGAAGGUGAGGGAGAUCGAGCCACUCUUCAUCUUCAUGUACAGCUACCUGGCGUACCUGCUGGCUGAGUUCCUGUCCCUCUCCAGCAUCAUGGCCAUUGUGACCUGUGCGUUGACCAUGAAGCACUACGUGGAGGAGAACGUGUCGCAACGCUCGUGCACCACGAUACGCCAUGCCAUCAGGAUGCUGGGCACCGUGUCAGAGACACUCAUCUUCUUCUUCUUGGGUGUGGUUACCAUAACAACGGACCAUGAGUGGAACUGGGGCUACGUCCUCUUCACCCUACUGUUCGCCCAACUCUGGAGAGGUUUGGGCAUCCUGGUCCUGACACAGAUCAUUAACCCCUUCCGCACCAUUCCCUUCAACUUUAAAGACCAGUUUGGUCUUGCCUACGGUGGCCUUAGAGGGGCAGUAACGUUUGCCUUAGUCUACACUCUUCCAGACAGCAUUUUUCGUAAGAAGCUUUUCGUCACAGCCUCAAUUGUCAUCAUCAUCUUCACCGUGUUCGUCCAGGGCAUCAGUAUAAGGCCAAUUAUUAAACUAAUAAAUGUUCGUACGACCAGUUGGAGUCGCGACACCAUCAACGUCGAGAUUCACACAAGGCUGAUGGAGCACACCAUUGCUGGCAUAGAGGACCUUUGUGGCCAGUGGAGUCGACACGCUUUGAAAGACAAGUUCAUGAGGUUUAACCGCGUCAUCCGGAAGAUUUUGAUCCGUGACAACCGGCCUGAGUCGAGCAUCGUCGCGCUCUACAAAAAACUGGAGCUUCAGAAUGCCAUGUUGUCCUUGGAGACGAUCUCCGGUGAUAUCAGUGCAUCCCCUUCUCUCGUCUCACUGCAUGAGAAGACGACAUCGUAUAAGCCCAAAAAGACAGUGUCGCCCUCUGAUCUGAAAGCCAUCCACGAGCUCUUAUCGAAGAACAUGUAUAAGAUCAGAGAGAGGACGGUGUCCUACACCGGGAAGCAUACCCUGCCUGACGACAGCUGCGCCAGAGAGAUCCUUCUUAGGAGACACACCAGCGUCCGGCGCAGUCUCCGCACCAGAAGCCUUCGUGACCCCGAAAAGGUCAGAGGGCAGAAGUAUUUUUCUCUGCCUCUGGGUCAGAGCCUUGACUCCAGAUUCACUACAAAAAAAUUCAGUUGCGAGGGUGAAAACUCUGCCCCAAUGCUGAAUGACCUACCAGCCAGGCCUAACCCUAGGCAGUGGCUGCGCUCUUCGUCCAGAGCAAAGACGACUCUGGUGAGGCUGGACACUCUGCGUGAGGCAGGGUUCGUGGAGGACGGGCAGAGGGCAGUGCUGGGAAGGCAUGGCCAAGCACGCCUGAGCUCCACCCCUGCUGACGUCACACUGCAAGCUCCGCAUCAGCGCCGCGGCGCCAAGGACCGCGAGCCUGACAGCGAGGAGGACGUGUCUGCGUCUCCUCCUCCGAGGAGACGGACCGCGGAGCUUCCUGAACGCGGCGGGGGUGGGGCACGAAGGCCGUUGCUAAGGAGACCUCACUGGAAGCCACAAGACGAGUUGGGCGACUUAUAGACGUGGAAUUUCAGAUGGACUCCUGUAGUAUGAGGAAAAGUGUACACUACUGCCCUUGGGCUAAAACAUGGGUAACGAUGUGCUGCUUCUCUAGGACAGCAGGGGGCAGCAUUGAGCCUUUGAUUUUACACCAUCUUCCUUUUCAUGCUCAUGAUUGUUUCCGUUACACUUUUUGUAGCCACUAAUUACAUUAAACAUCGUCGCUAUUGGAAACAUUUAAAGCCAACUGCGGCAAAGUAUUUUGAUGGCCUGAAAUGAAUCGUUACAUUUACAACCUCCUGAUUACUGGGCAAAACUGGUAAAUACAUGUAUGUGGGCUGAUAAACAACCAUGCAUAAAACUACUACAGUUCCUAAAUUUAAAAGGUUUUUUUUGGUCAUUUGUCUUAGGUCCAUCAUCAUUUUGUUAAUAAUAACUUGGCUUCACACUUGGGGUCAUGGUGGUUGCAUUUCCCAGGUGUCGAUACUUUUGCCGAUAUUUGCACGUAAUUUUGACAGUUUGAGACCUCAUAUGGACUGCAGUGGAACGCACCUCCUACCAUCUCUUACGGCCCAUCUCGGUCAACCACAGCUCAUCUCCUACCUUCGGCGUGGCUCGCGUUCCCUUGUGCGGCGCAGGAGGCGACUAUAGCAGCACGUGACCACAGGCAGGA